AUGGCCUACCUGUCUCGCCUUCUUGCCAAGUGUGGGUCCGUUCUGUUGGCCAUGGCUCCAUGGGCCAAUCCAAUGGAGGCAAGAAGAUGCCCUGUGUCUCUUCUGCUCUCCUCCUCCGCCGCCUCCUCCUCAGAAUUGCCUCGUCUUGUGGAUCUGCAGAAACCGAAUCUUUCCGCCGCCAAUGUGAGUUCGGUCUUCGCAGGAGGCGAUGGGGAACUGCUUGAAGGCCUCGUGGAGGAACGACGACGCUCGGGCCGCGCAGACCUCUCCACUGAAAAAACUUCUAGUGGUAGUCUUUACACACCAAGAACAGAAGGUGAAAUCUUAUCUGCCUCGAAUUUGAAGUCCUUCACGCUCAAGGAUAUGAAAAUCAUCACUAGAAACUUCGGUUCAGAAUGUUGUAUUGGAGAAGUAGGGUUUGGUUAUGUUUAUAAAGGUUGGAUGGAUGACCAAACUCUUGCUCCUUCGAAGCCUGGUCGCGGAAUGGUUGUUGCUGUCAAGAAGCUCAAACUUGAGAGUUUCCAAGGCCACAAGGAAUGGUUGGUGUGUGUUUUUAUUUAUCUUAUUUCCUCAGCGCUUUCCUAAUUGUUACUUCUUUUGUAGUUAUGUUGAUUAGUGAUUGCAGACAGAGGUUAACUAUCUUGGUCAGCUUCACCAUCCGAAUGUGGUUAAGCUCAUUGGCUACUGUUUGGACGAUGAUAAUCGACUUCUGGUCUACGAAUACAUGGCAAAAGUCAGCUUGGAGAAGAACCUUUUCUGAAGUGAGUACCAAUAAAUAUGUGAAAACAUUCUGGUUCAUUGAUCAUUAUCACUUGAUUUAUCCAGAAAAGACUGGCAUGGACAACUCUUUAAUUUAGCCAG